AAACUGUAUGAGCAACUCGAUCCGGCCAAGUGUUGGAUUCUGGAAGCGACGAAGCGACGGGCAUUGGCGGAGAAUGUUGAGUCGUGGAGUGUCGAAAGUAAGAUGAAAGAGUUCGUCGAUACGCUCAAUUAUGUUCAUCCUGCGCUAUCAUUCAUUCUGGAUGUUGACGACCUUAACUGGGAAACAUAUUUCAACACUGACGAACUUGAGGAGCUGCGCACUUUUGGCGAUCCAAUCAUCAGGGAGCUUCCAUCCGAGCUUAAAACAAAGUUCUUCGAGAUGGAAAGUUUGAAGACGGCGUUGGAAGCAUAUCAGUUCGGCCAAGGUAUACACCACCACCCAAUCGAGCAACCACUCCUCGCCUGGCUCUCGCAAACCCUCAUGAACACGGCCAAAUUUUUCAUACCAGGUGCAAAAACCAACACCAAAGGCUUUCUCGAAACCGAUCGGCUCUACUACUUGUGGAGUUUGGUAAACACCAUUUACCAUCAUUCAGCGGUCGAAGCAUUGGGGUCUCUACCAGCCAUCCGAUCCAACCGAAGCCAGACCAGUCAGCCAGCAAAUUCCAAGCGCAAGCUUUCUGCUGUCGACGAGAUUGAGCGCGAAAAAAUAGGAAGAAGGCUCGAUACAAUUUACACUGCUAGCGAUCUUGAGUUUGGUGGCCUAGAAGCAGCAGCGAAUCGGGAUAACACGAAGGAAAUUCACGACGCAAAGUUGAGGUUACCAAUGUUCCUGAGAGACAUGUUAUCCGCAAUUGUCCGUAAAGCACAUGUCCUUGGCUACAAUGUGAAUGGUAUGUACAUCAACAAAUAA